CUCCGAUAGUCACAACAGUGACCACUUAUCAAUUCAGGGUUUGGCAGAGCUAACGUACGUACCUACUCACGCCCGCGUGAAAAUUUAUAAGCGGCGGGAAAAUGGCUCCGCGACGCGCAGUUUGAAUUAAGGCGGGCGGCGCGCGCCGGUCGCCCGGGCACCAGCCACCUACAAUGUCUCCCAUAUUAUUAUUGACAACACCACGCCUGUGGUAACAAGUACAUUUUGCAGGAGGUAGUGAAGUGUUUAACAGCUGAUCGUGUUAGUGAAAUGUGAACGGGCUUCAACAACAGGUCCAAAAGAGGCACGAAAAUGACAAUCGUAAUGAAUCCAGCGUGUACAUCGCAAUCUGAUGAUGAAAUAGAAUCGGGGCGUGAGAGUGAGGUUGGUAGUGAUUGCUAUGGGCAAAUGCUUGAUGAACACACGAGGUUAUAUGAUAACGAGAAGCAAAGCGAUAUCGUCUUUGUAGCUGGUAUCAACGGCGAUACCUGGAGGUAUCCCGGCCAUCGACGCGUAUUAGCUGCUACAAGUCCAGUCUUCGCAGCUUUACUCUCUGUUAAAACUGAUGUUAUCAUCGUUGACUAUGUUGACCGCCGUGGCUUUGAGCAGCUUCUACGAUACCACUACUGUGAACCAACACAGCUUAAUUCCGUUGCAACAGCACGAUGUGCUCUGGACGCGGCGUACAAAUUUCUUUGUGCACCUCUUGCAGAACGCUGUGCACGACGUCUCGACGAGAUGUUAGAUGCAGGUGUUGCUCUAGAAAUAUUACGGGACCUACGAUUUCUAUGCGCGAGACUGCCCGGAGCGGCAUCAGCACCACCUCUACCGGCCCUUACUAAUGACAACGCCGCAAGAUCAUUGGCACAGUGUUCACGUUGGUGUGAUUCGCUUGCUCAUAAUGCACUUCUUGUGUUAGACAACGAUGCAGAUGCGGCUCUCGCUGAUGAACGACUCGAAGAUCUCGCUUAUGAAGAUCUAGCACUUAUUGUGAAACGGGACACUUUUCGAGUAUCCAAUGAACUCGUAUUAGUGGAAGCAUUAUCCCGAUGGAGUACGGCAACUUGCAAACGUCACAAACGGGAAUUGACAUCAAGUAACAAACGAGUAGCACUCGGUGAAUUGGCGUAUUGUCCUCGAUACCUUCUGUUAUCCGGCGAAGAGUUAACUAAAGCUUUGGAGUUGGAGCUAUUGGAGCCAAUAGAGCGCGCGUUAGUUACAGCACGAGCGAAAAAGCUAUCAGCACCAGUCCCUGUGGGAGCAGAGCAGGAGGGGUUGCUACGAAGAUGGGCACGACCUCGACCUACGGAGCCAGCUGCUUUGCCUGUGCAUCUGAGCACACGUUCUGAACCUCCUCCAGAACCACAACCAAGCAAGCUGUGCGGUCGCCGUCCUAAACGGCCAAAACAGCCAUGUUUUGCGCCCGAAGAGAAACGCAAAAAACCUGGGUGCUGUGCUCGUUUUGGUGAGGGCCUUUUGAGAGCUUUUAUCUGUUUAUUCGACUAAGAUUAAUCUACUAUGCAAAAAUUUUAAAAUAAUUGCAUGUAAAUCAGGUAAAUACUCAAUAGAAUAUAUGUAAAACUCUUCUAGUUGAUGGAAAUUUGUCUAAACAGGUAUGCCUAUAACUUUGGUAUUACCAUUACUUUCCGUAAAGAGCCUGCUUAUUGUACUGAUUAUGUGUAUAUUAGUUCUCACGAUAAAUAAAUGGAGAACAUAAAUAUAUUUUGAUUGAUUAAAUUUACAAAAGUAGUUCUAUGCACAUAAACAUAAUAAUAAGCAGACUCUUCUAGUAAAAUUGAUAAUAUAAAAUAUGAGGAACUGUGAAAGAGAAAUUAUUACAGCGAUAGAUAUAGAAAGGAAAAUCGUAUAAAGUAGAAUGACAAAUUUUGUAUUUUUUUACAAAUUAAAUACUUUAUAUAUCAAACAGUAUACCUUGUAAAAUAUUUCCUGCUCUAUUAUUUUUUUUAUAUUUAUAGCUGUCUGCUAUUAUUAUAUUAAUAUUAUUAUUUUAAUAAUAAGUUAUUAAAUAUUAUUUCAGUCUCAAUGAAUAUGUUUAUAGUAGCUUUUUAAAUCUGCUGAGAAUUAUUUUUAAUUUGGUAGCGGAGUAAAGAAUCGUAACAGUUGUGACGAAACAAGUUUGGAUAGUUUGUUCCGAAAAAAAAAAUCGUAAUAAAUGUUUCAUUACCUUCUUUGAAUUCGUAGCUCAGCUACGUAAUUUUAAUGUUUAUGGAAUUUUGAUCUGUAUGUGGUAGCCAUAAUACGUGUAUUUCAAUGUUGUGAUAUCUUUGUUAAAAUAAUUUGAUGUUAAAAUUGUUCAACAAUUUCUUAUUUAGGAUAUGUUUAUUUGUAAUUCAUACCUAUCUAUAUUUCUAUAAAUUGGUGCACAAAAUUUGGAUUUAUCAAGUACUUAGACUAAUUUUAGAGUAUUUUUCGUUGCAUUUAUAUAAAUUCGUGUUCGUUUAUUGUAUAUGGUUAAGUAAACAAAAUUUACUAGUUUUUAUUAAAGAAAUUAGUUUAAAUCUUCCAUACUUUAAUAUUUAAUAUCUAGUCGUAUGUUAAGUACAUUAUAAUUGUAUCUAAUGAAAUUGUUUACUGCCUUUUAUUGUACUGUUAUAUUUAGGUUUAUGGAGCAAAGAUUUUAGUUUUAAAGUGUGCCAUAUUAUUAAAUAUACUUACUUCGAUUGUUGUAAAUUUUCCAAAUAAGUAAGUAGUAGUAAUAAAUAUAACAAUCUUGUUUCAAGUUUAGCUAAUUUUCUUAAUCAAUAAUUUAUUAUUAUUCUAUAAAUUAGUGAUACUAUUACUUUAAACUACAUUUUGCUUAGCAUUAUAUUAGGCUCAAUGUUUAAAAUAACAUGUUACUUAUUUCUUAAUGAAAUAGUCCUUAAUUAGUCACUCAAACUAUAAAUCAAUGUGUUCUCUCAGAGCUAUAGUUGUAUCUAAAUGAUCAUGUAAUAAAAAUAUAUGAGG